AUGCACUAUACACUCGACGAUACUCGUCAACAGCUAAACGAACUUCCAGUGCUAGUUGAAAAGUUAGUCCAUGCCCACGUUAACUCAGAUGGCGCAAUAAUUUUUAACGGUUUGAAAAAGUAUUUGAAUCAAAUUCGACAGUGUGGUCAUAUGACAAUCAUCGGAAAAAAAGCUUGUUAUCGAAGUGCCCUUGGGAUUGCGCUGUUUUUGAAGGAAUUAUUAAGCAUACCUGUUACUGUAUUAUUACCAUUGGAUUUUCGCUAUGGAGCGAUUAAGCGUUCUGGUCUAUUCUUUUUCGUUUCGGAUUCACAUCUAACAACUGAUGCUGAAUCAGUGUUAAGGUACUGCAAAGAACGUGGUGCAGUUAUAUUGGCAAUGACCAACAACGAGUCUUCGAGAAUCGCUUGUGGGACACACUGCGAUUUUGUUGUGAAUAUUGGUGCAGAAAAAAGUUGUUCCAAUGUAAAAGCGUACAUACUUUACUCUAUUGAACUCAUCCUAUUUGAUUUAAAUUUAUGCGAAGAUAUGAUUCGUCAAGAUAGACGAUGUGAAUUACUUUUGGAUGAACUACGUCAAUGUCCAGAUCUCAUUCGAAGGUUAUUCAAGUGCGAUGGUGAUGUGUUUGAUUAUGCCCAACAGUUGAAUCAUCUUAAAGAAUCAUUCCUGCUGAUUAUGGGAAACAGAUUAAAUUUGGGCAUAUGUCUGGAAAGUGCAGACGUAAGUCGAAAACAAGAUAUGUUCAUGACUAUCGCUCUUGGAAGUGAACAGACAAUACAGAUUAAAUGACACAUUAUCGACUCUCAGGCGCUUGCAUCUACAGAAAUCUAUUCUAUUUAUAACUCGAAUAGGGGUUUGUACAGUUUAGCUGAUUAAUUUUUCCUUUUCUUUUAGAACGUUUCUGUACUAACCGAUAUGAAAUGUGAAGAAGCGAUGAUAACGGAGAUUAAAACCCAAGGGGGAAAAAGCAUACUUCUGUACUUCUCGGUACCUCUCCGUACUUCUUGAUACUUCUUACUUUUUCGUACUUCUCCGUACUUCUGAAGUACGAAGUACGAAAGAGGGAAAAGUACAAAAAAGUACGAAAAAGUAAGAAGUAUCAAGAAGUGCGGCGAAGUACCGAGAAGUACAGAAGUAUGCUUUUUCCCCCUUGUUAAAACCUCUCAAGUCACACUCAUUAAAGAUAGUGUCCCACUAGUAGCCAUUCUGUUAGAUGAACCAUUAAAAUCUGUAAGUAAACAAAGUCUUCUGAAACAAAGUAUGAACGAGUUCUCUAUUUUAGAAAUGUAUGCACUUAUUUACGCAAGUGGUGUCAUAUGGUGGUAACGUUCUACUUAUUACAACCGAAAAUGAUCAUAAGUUGCCCGUUAGCAGAGAUCGAAUUGUAGUACCACCAGUAACACACUAUCUCCAAAGAUUACUAUGCCUGAUACCGAUGUAUUUACUAGCCAUUCAUAUUGCACGUUUACAUAAUGUACUGUUUGUUGACCCAAAUUAUUUGUAAUAUCCUUUUUUUCUUGAAAUUCUCAUUGUGUUUUAUAUGUACGCUUUUCUCUGUAAAUUGCACAAAUAAAGCAUGCUAGAGGAAAUGUAACAGAGUAACCUAAAAAAGUCUACUUCACACUCCUUCAUCGCAGUUUUAAAAAAAAACAUGUUUUUUGUUGAAUUCUAUUGACACAUUCGACAACAAUGUAUUUCCUUGGAUAUCACUGUUGAUUUGUAAGAUAAAUGUGUAUAUAUUAAUCAUUUUCGGAUCAAUAGUUAUCUUUCCUUUCUAUUUUACUAAGCGCUUCGGAUCUUUAUAAAACUAGAUGGAAGACAAUAAAAACAAAAAGAUGAACGUACAGCACCUUUUUCUUGACUCCUUUCUAAUAUGCGUCCAUCCAAAACUUUUAUCCUGCUGCCAUCACUAAUUUAUCUUAAUGUGAGAAACAACAACAAUGAAACAUAUAAAUAUGUAAGAGGCCGGUUUAGAAUGUAAGCUAGCUGAAGUUAAUCAAGUAUAUCAAAGUCGAUCUUGAUAACAUAAACACGAAUGGACGACAGAGGUUCCAUAAUUUCAACUAAUUCACGUUAAAAGAAAUAAAAGAUGUUUUCAACUCUAUCUUUUAUUUUGAGAUAAAGAGAGCUAAUAUUAUCACAUAUCUUGCACGAAAUAAUUUUUCGAAUAAGAUCAUCUUUAGAAUUAUUUUAUUACAAAUGCAACGGACACAUGUUAAUUGUGGAAAAUACAUUGCGAGGGUAGAUCAACAAGGGUAGUUUAGAAGGUUAAGAACUUCAAGAUCAGAAAUUUUACUCGACUAUGAAUUGAUCACUAUUUAGUUACCUUAGAAAAAUACACGUGCUUCUAGAACUAUGAACUUUGUUUGCGCCAAGAAGAGGAAAAGAGUAAAAUAAAUUUUUACGACGAUGCUUGGGAAGUAGAUAACGACCCUUUAGAGUGAAAUCUUAUACAUAUCAUAGAUCUCCUUUUACUCAACUGAUUGAUUGUUAUUGUUUUCUAGUAUGUUCGUCUAGAAAUGAAAUCCCGUUAUGAUAGAAUUUUUUUUACGCUUCCACUACUCGGACACUUUAUUACGCUUUUCCUACGGGAUAUAUGUGAAGAACAGAAAAGUAAUAGUAAUUAAGUAAAAGUAAUAACUAAGUAAUAAUUUCAUUAGUAUAAAGAAAUUAGUAAAUUUGUGUUUUAAUUUAAAAGCCAGUUUCUGAAAAAAGUGAGAAUGACUAAUUACAUUUGAGUUGCUCUAAUUUUUGGUGUACGUUAGACUGUCAACAAUAUUUACACUUCAUUGUUGUCUAUCUCCAAUUAUGUGAACUGCAAGAUCCGUUUGCAUGAAUUAAUAAUUAAUGAUGAAAAAUGAAUUUCUGAGGCUUUUUUUUUUUUUGCCUCUCCAAAUAACUCAACUAUAAAUAGAAAAGUUGGCAGAGUAUUAUCUGCAUUAUCAGUGAAAGUUAAUAUAUACACUAUUCUUUUUGUAUCAUCCGAGGUGAAAGGUAUUGAGACUAUUUCAUCCAAUAAUCUGAAAUAAAAAUUACGGUAGCUUGCUAUUGUACAAGUAAUUUUAUCUAGCAGUACAGCAGUGUGAGAUCCAAACAUACAGUUCCAUGUAUAUACCAGGAUUCCUAAACUUCUAAGACGAGGUUCUCAUAAAACCAAUUCACAGUCUAACCUCCAACAUAGGCUAUGAAAAGCCUUUGCGCCUUUUAUGUGAUAGUCAGUAACCUAUACCAAUAAAUCAAACUAUAAGGUCAAUGAAACAAAAACUCCAGAACGAAUCCAAAAGUGUAUUAUUCAAACAUACUCAUCUUUGUCUAAAUCUCCGUCAUAAACAGCAUUAUUUUCCGAUUACGCGUAUUGCUCAAUAGAAAUCAUGAACAGCUUUCCCGUUGAUGGAAGACUUUCUAUUUUAAAAACAAAAAAUCGAUGUUUCUUACGAGGGAACAUUCCCAAGUGACGCGCUCCGAUUUCAUUCGUUCGUACGUCGAUCGAUAGAGGAUAGUGAGCUAGUAAAAAGCCUAAAAGGGUUCGGGCUCUUUACUCUUGAAGACCCGGUUUUCUGUAAAACCAGUUUUUCAGAAACUUUAAGAAAUAAGCAAAAUCUUUUCUUAAUGAGGUAUAAUUGCAGCCCGUACAUUUCUGAUUAAAAUGAGACAUCUCCC